GCUGAAACUGCGAACCAAUGAGUGUGGGGCUACAAAGUGUCAAGCCCAAGCUUCUAGAAUGCGGAGUAGUGGGGAAAUACCUGGACUCCAAUCAUGGAAACCAAGAACUUCAGCCAUGCUUUCAGUAUCCCUGAAAGGGCGCAUCGAAAUGCAUCUAGGAUCGAGGGGUAUCGGAAGCAUGGGUUCGAGACUUCGUCGGACCUGCUGUACUGAUGACUGCAUAUACAGGGCUAUUUGAACCGGAUAAGCCCCAGGCGUGGAAACUUCAUUUCUGUUUUCCUUUUCGAAAAAGCACUCAUACCUUUGAAAGACAUUUCCAAUUGACUUUCUGAGCUUCAUCGAAUCUUGCAGCCAAAGAUGGGGCUCGGUGUCUUAGAGGACAAGAACCUUCAGCAUGUUCCAGGAACCGUUCUACUCGAUGACCAAGCAGCACACGAAGAAGAAGUCCUUCACGCUCUCAAACAUGGCAAGGGAAAAGAUGCCCACAUCGUGCUUUCUCCUCAACCCAGCGAUGACCCAAAUGAUCCCUUAAACUGGCCCAUGUGGAAGAAAGAGCUCAUAGUAGCCGUUCUCUGCCUCGGCACUAUGCUUAAUGCAGGGACAAAUGGACCCUUUUUGAAUGCCUCAUACUUCACCAUGGCGCAAGAAAUCAAGACGCCCUUAACGACCGUUGUCCUCGUAUCAGGCUACAACCUACUCGCAGCUGGUAUCAUCGGCCCCUUCGUCUGUGCCUUCUCCCGCAAAUAUGGGAAACGGCCUGUUUUUAUGGUUUCCACGCUCUUCGAUAUAAUCGGGACGGCUAUAGGUGAGAGUAAGAUCAGUUACAAGUAUUUGUUGGCAGCGAGGAUUGUGCAGGGUUUUAGUACGAGUGCGUUUGAGAGUCUCAUUGUAGCUACAAUUGGGGAUAUGUAUUUUGUUCAUCAGAGAGGGUUGAGGAUUGCUAUUAUUAACUUUGUGUUGAAUGCCGCUAGCAGUCUGGCAAGUAUCAUCUGCGGCCAAGUCUUCGCCGACCUCGGCUGGCUCUGGCUCUUCCACCUCUUCCAAAUCUUCCUCGUCAUCCAAUUCAUCCUCAUGUUCUUCUUCUGCCCCGAAACAACCUACCUCCGCGACGUCCGCUACGACACCGACACCGUCGCCGACGAAAAACUCGAAGAGCUAGCAAAAUACGAGGAAGAGCAUCGCGUCAUCGAAGAUAUCGCUACUCCCGAAAACAUCCCCAAGAAAAAGACCUUUGUGCAAGAACUCGCGCUCUACACAGGGAUAUACUCACGGGAUAAUAUCUUGAAAUAUCUAGCGGGGCCGUUUAUUACUCUUCUUAAUCCUGCGGCUUGCUACGCGGUCAUCACGGCUGGGUUGCUGAAUAGUUGGUACGUCGGCUCAGCGAUCAUCCUCUCUGGCAUCUUCUCCGGACCGCCGUGGAACUUUGGACCGUCUCAGAUCGGGUAUCUGGGCGCGGGGCCUUUUAUUGGGGGUAUGAUUGGAAGUAUCAUCGUUGCGUGGGCAAGUGAUCCUGUCAUUAAAUACAUGGGGAAGCGGAACCAGGGCGUGUACGAGCCGGAGUUCCGCCUUGUAUUUAUGGGGCUAGCAGGAGUGGUAGGCGGAAUCGGCAUGUUUCUCUUCGGCUAUGCGAUGGCUGUUGGCGCGAAUGCCAUCCUUUGCGCUUUUUUGCAGGGUGUGAUGAUGGUUGGUGUUUUGGUGGGGAUCUUUGCUACUCUGAGUUAUGGGUUGGAUGCGUUUCGGAAUCAGAGUAAUGAGAUUUUUAUCAUGAAUAUGUUGUUCAAGAAUUUUAUGUUCUACGGCCUUUCUAAUUUUGCCAAUAACUGGGUUGAGGCCAAGGGACCGGAGCAGAUUAUGUAUGUUUUUGGAGGGACGACGAUCUUUUUUAGUUUAUUGGCUCUUCCGGUGUAUAUCUUCGGGAAGAGGAUGAGGAGUUGGUGGAGUCGACAUGAUCUCUUUGUGAUCUUGAAGAUGGAGACUAAGGGGCCGAAGUUGGAGGUUGCAUAAUUGUUUGGAUUGAUCGAGAGUUCUUUGAGAGGAGAUAAGUGCUGUGGUUGGGUGAGAUAUUUCGCAGGCCGAGGCUGGUGGGGGAGUGGACAAAUGGUCAAUAGUUAUGAAUCACUUGUGCUAUGGAAAUGUAGAG